GCGACAUCGAGCCUCGACCGUCGAACGCGCCGCCGUCGCCAUCGGUUGCAGCCGCGACGCAGCGCUUCACGCCAUCGCGACGUGACUGCACGCUCAUCGCUCGGGCUGCCCCGCGACGCCGUCGCAGCAACCCCCAGCUAGGCUCAGGCUAUUUGGUCUGGGCUGGGCUGCACAACAAUUCUCCGCCCGCGCUCCAACAGCCGGGACACGAGCCCAAAGACGGCGUCGCCCAACCGCCGCAUGGCCCUGGUCAAGGGCGACGAGGCGGCCUACUCGCGCUGCCCACGGCAUGAAGCGCCGCCAAACACUUUUGCGCCGUCGCCGUCGCACGCGGCGCGGCAGCUUCCGGUCGACGCGCCGCGACGGCAAGUCAUCUUUGCGGUCGCCUUCUAUUGUUUAUGCUCGUCUUCGCUGUUGUUUCUCAAUAAGUUGGCGGUGAACGGCUCGGGCGCGACGCCGUUGCGACCGGGAGCUGUCGUGGUCGUGCAGAUCGCCUUCGCCACGGCAGCCUGCAAGGCUCUUGCUGUGCUAGAUUUGGCCGACAUCGGCGCGCUCACACGACCGAAGGUCGAGGGCUUCGGGCUGUACGCCGUCGCGUUUGUGGGCAGCAUCUACGCGUCGGUCAUGGCAUUACGAAAAUCCAACGUCGAGACCUUUAUUGUCUUCCGGGCGUCGACGCCGUUAGCGGUGGCGGCCUUGGACUACGUGUUCCUCGGGCGGAGCGCGCCGUCGUCGCAAGCCUUGGCGUCGUUGAUAGCCACCGCCGUCGCGGCGUCGGCGUACGUCGCGACCGACGCCCAGUUCUACGUCGAGGGCUUCGCGGGCUACUCGUGGUGCUUUUUGUACUUUGCGCUCAUAUGUUUUGAAAUGACCUUCGGCAAGCAUUUAACGUCAGCAUUGCGGUUGGGCGUCUGGGAGUCGGUCUGGCUCACGAACCUCCUGGCGCUUCCCCUACUCGCCGCGUUGGCUUAUGUACGAGGGGAUUUGGAAGGAUUCGGCGAGAAACUGAUAUCAAUGUCGAUGGGGGAUGGUAUUGUGCUGUUCGUGUCGUCGGUCGUGGCCACAUUAAUCGGCUACGCCGGGUGGCUGUGCCGGGGCCUCGUGUCGGCGACGUCAUAUACAUUAAUAGGAGUCGCGAACAAGCUGGGCACGGUAUUAUUAGCGAUCGCGUUUCUGGACAAGCACGCGUCGCCCCUGGGCGUCCUGGCCCUGGUCUGCUGCAUCGCGGCGUCGUCGCAGUACAAGCAGAGCCCGCUGCGCGCCGACGUCGCGAAGGCGCAGGGCGCGGGCGACGUGGAGGUGGCGAGCGCGUAAGAAUAACGUACU